AUGAACAUAGAUUACAGCCCUCCAAUAUCCAUAGACCAGGAAAUGCCGACUGUUCAAACUCCUACCAUGGUUCUGGAUCCAUUUGUCAGACGUAAUACACUGACAUGGGAGGAACAAGAGGCUGCCAUUAUUGAACAAGAAAAUAGACUACACAAGGCAGCCAAGGAACAAAGAGAAAAGUUUUUAAAUACCAUAAUACAAGAACAGAUGGAGUUAGAUAAUGAGAUAGCUAAAGUACAUAUGGUUAAAGAAAUUGAUCGACAAAAACUCAUAAAAGCAAUACAAGAAGAUGAAAAAGAAAUUGAAUGUUUAGUCAAGAACUUUAUACAAUCUGACUAUUUAAAACCAGAAAUAAUACAACAACAACUUGCUUACGAGCAGGCUGAGCAUGACAGGUUACUUGAGAUUACCAGACAAAACUAUGAUAAUAUCAAAAAGGCUGAUGUAUUAAGGGCAAUGGAAAUGCUCAUCGAAGAAGACUAUGCAGUGAGACAUUCCAAGAAAUAUUAUGAAGAUUCUCUGAAUAAUGUGAAACAAAGCAUGCUUAUGCAGGAUUUAGAAGUAAGUGAAAAAUUGACUGAGCUAUUAAACGCCAAAGACCAAUCCCGCACAGCUUUAGUGGAACAGCUAUUAGAAGAUCAGGACAUUCAAAUGGCGAUUGUAGCUUCAUUGCUAGAAAAGGUUGAUGCAAAAACAUGGAGCUUGAAUCAGGAAAUAUCAUUGAUUUCUUCACAUUUGGCACGGCUCAGUGUUAUAGAACAAGAAAAGAAAAGAUUGCAAAUAGCAUAUAAUUAUAAUGAGUUGCUUCACCAGAGAAUACAAUUGGUUAAUUUAUUAGAUGACCUUUUUGGUCAACAGAAUAAAAGACGAAAACAACUUGUUGAAACUUUAAAGGAAAUGGAUAGUGAAACGAAUAAAUCCAAUGAUUUCUGGUUAAAGAAUUACCAGAAGUUAAUGGAUUCUGCUCCAAGAACUUUAUUGGAUAUUGGAAAAAGUUUGGACCCCAUUCUAGCUAAUUACCUUUUACAAGAGGGUGUAAUACAUUGUUUGCCAUUCUUGGUCAAAUUUUUGUUUUCUGGUGACUCCUUAUUGAACAUCACCAAAGAAGAACUAAAGUUGAGUGGUGUCUCAUUGUCAACUGACAGAGAUGCUAUAAUAAGAGCAAUACAUUUGUAUGUGGGAGCUAAGAGUCAGAACCACAACUAUGAGGCAUCACCUGUUGGUGCACCAAGUGCUCCCACUGAAGAACUGACUGAGGAGCAGCAAUGUACCGGAGUAGUCACAACAAGCCAAGCUGAUGACACAGUGCUGGAAGCAGAAUGUGUAAUUUGUAUGGAUGCUAAGAGUGAGGUGGUGUUUGUACCAUGUGGUCACAUGUGUUGCUGCCAGCCAUGUGCUGGCAAGGAGAUGGAGAGCUGUCCUAUGUGCAGAACUACCAUAGAAAGGACAAUCAAAGUGAUGAUUGCAUGA